GGAGGGUUAUGAAUAAAAUAUUUGGCAAUUAUGGUUGAGUAUAUUAAUCAUUGGAAUUCAUCUGUAUAUUGUCAAGUUUAAAAAGUUAAAGCAGUAUGUAUAUUUUCAGCCUAGUUAUUUUAAUUUGCUGGAUGUUAUGAUCUUUUUGUACGGUGUAUAUUUUUAGGUUGUAUGUGCUUUUUCAAACUUUACACUGUUGUCAAGUUUAUCUCUGAUCAUUUCAUGGUAUCCAAUACCCAUGGUUAACUUACCAUUACUCCGAAUACUGAUUGCAGUUUGACCUGACAUAUAAAUGAUUUUAUUCUACAGAUAUAGAGCAGUCACAAGUGCAUACUACAGGGGUGCUGUCGGGGCAAUGCUGGUUUAUGACAUCACAAAACGUCAAAGCUUCGAUCACAUACCUCGCUGGUUAGAAGAACUGCGUAACCAUGCUGAUAAGAAUAUAGUCAUUAUUCUUAUAGGAAACAAAAGUGAUCUGGAGAACCAGCGUCAAGUACCCACAGACGAUGCAAAAGAAUUUGCCGAGAAAGAAGGCUUAUUUUUCUUGGAGACUUCAGCGCUGGAAUCGACUAACGUUGAAACAGCCUUCAUGACAGUUUUGACAGAAAUAUUCAACAUUGUUAACAAGAAGAACCUAGCGGCUGGUGAUAAUCAGGGAAAUGGCAACUCAGCAUCACUGUCUGGUAAGAAAAUUAUUGUCCCUGGUCCUGCUCAAGAAAUCCCCAAGGGGAACAUGUGUUGUCAGUAAUCCUGAAUUUAUUUAUAAUUUGUUUAAAUUUUCUAGAUUUCAUGGUUGUGUUCCUAUCACCAAUUUUUAUUAGUCUGGUGCAUUUUAUUUUGUAUAUUUUUACAUUAUUUAAAAUUUAUUUUGCAUGAGUAGCUCAUUAA